AUGAUAUACUACCCGCUGAAGUUCUGUAAGAUGUCGAAUAUCAGUGAUGUCACACUGAUCACACAUCCCUCUGCCCUUGCCUGUAUCGAAUCUGCUUUGCAGCAAAACCCUGAUUUAAAAUCACUUCCUAUGCCAAAAGUCCUCGCUCCUCAAGAACUUCAAGCAACAAUGGCAACAGCACAGUUGCUUCGCCUUCCCGAGGUGCAGUCUUGCAUUGAAUCCGAUUUUUUCCUCCUGCCUUGCGAUCUCGUCUGUGAAAUCGAGGGCGCAUACCUACUACAGAUGUGGAUGGCGUCUCAAGGACAGAUCCCAAUGGCCGAGGAAAAAAGAUAUCUUCGAGGCGCGCUUUGUGUGUAUUACCAUGCGCAGAAUGCUGCAAAGGAUGAGGCCUUGGAUCUGAUAGCCGUUGAACCACUCCGGCAUAUCAAGAAUUCAGCAAGAUCAAGUCACAAGCUAUCGAAGCUGCUCAUGUCAAUCGGGAUGGAUACCGUGAAAAGUAAUCUUGACCGCGAUAAAGGUUUUCUUCUUCGUCGUUCAUUUGCGAAGCGACAAGCCACACAGGCCAAGAUGCUGACUGGGUACCGCGAUGCACACCUCUACAUUUUCCCCUACUGGGUCAAGGAUCUCGCACGGCGUCAGGAAAGACUGGUGUCUAUCAGCGAAGAUCUUAUUGGGCUUUGGGCUAAGUCUACAUGGCAGCGGGGACUACAUGAAAAGCUAGGAAUGGGUGCUUGUUUGAGCCAGCAGAAAGAAAGCUAUGAAGAGAACGACUACCGGGAAUUGAGCACUAUCACCCACCAACCACCACGGAACGACAUCCCGGAAGUACCGCCUCUUCUAGCCUAUCUGCAUACAGGGUCUACGCCCCUUGUCUGUCGUGUUGAUAAUCCCGCUCUUCUCUUAUCUACCUCCCUUCGUCUUGCCAAACUAGAAUCCAGUGAAGAGGUUGAUCAUACAGCUAAUCGCUCCCCAUUUGCCCAGGACCAAAAGAUUGCCUCUCCUGAAUUUGGGAGUUAUAGUUAUAUUGGCAAUGACUCGGUGCUUAGAGAUUGUGAAGUUCAGGAGGGCAAUGCUGUUCCUGGACAAACCGAGGCUAAGAACGAGAAGUUUAUGCCACUCUUUGAAGAUCUCGAGGAGGAGGAUACGGAAAACUCUGAAAUCCUUGCGGAUAGUUGCUAG